CUGGUCAACACGAGCAGUCCAAGCAGAGAGCAAAGUCUGUUUCUCUCAACAUCAGAUGUUACACUCAGUUGCUGAUCCAAUCUUUCCUACAGAGACAAUAAGAGGCUGGAAAAACUGGAUCAUUAGUGAAGGAACACUAUGGCCACUUCAAGAUGACAAGCACACACUGGACUAAAUUGUUUCACUGAAACGAAACCUUCUACCAAGAAAAGAAAAAAAAAUUAAGGCCUCCACCUCCCAAAGUUACAAAAUGAUCAAUUCCACCACUACACAGCCUCCAGAGGAGUCCUGCUCCCGGAACAUCCUCAUCACUCAGCAGAUCAUUCCUGUGCUGUACUUUGUGGUCUUCAUCGCAGGGACCCUGAUCAAUGGUGUAUCUGGAUGGAUAUUCUUCUACGUGGCCAGCUCCAAGAGUUUCAUCGUCUAUCUCAAGAACAUUGUCGUUGCUGACUUUCUGAUGAGCCUGACCUUCCCCUUCAAGAUCCUUGCCGAUUCAGGGCUAGGGCCCUGGCAGAUAAAUGUGUUUGUGUGCAGGGUGUCUGCUGUGCUCUUCUAUGUCAAUAUGUAUGUCAGCAUCGUGUUCUUUGGGCUCAUCAGCUUUGACAGAUACUAUAAAAUUGUAAAGCCUCUUUCGACUUCUUUCAUCCAUUCAGUAAAUUACAGCAAACUCCUGUCAGUGGUGGUCUGGAUGCUCAUGCUCCUUCUGGCCGUCCCCAACAUUAUCCUGACCAACCAGAAGGCUACUAACGGGAAGGUGACGCAUAUAAAAUGUGUGAAACUUAAAAAUGAACUGGGACUUAAGUGGCACAAAGCAUCAAACUACAUCUUUGUGGGCAUCUUCUGGAUUGUGUUUUUUCUGUUGAUCAUUUUCUAUACUGCUAUCACGAGGAAAAUCUUCAAGUCCCACCUUAAGUCCAGAAGGAAUUCCAUUUCGGUCAAGAAGAAAUCUAGCCGCAAUAUAUUCAGCAUCAUGUUUGUGUUUUUUGUCUGUUUUGUACCUUACCACAUUGCCAGAAUUCCCUAUACGCAGAGCCAAACAGAAGCUCAUUACAGCUGCCAGUCUAAAGAAAUUUUGCUCUAUGUAAAAGAAUUCACUCUGCUACUGUCAGCUGCAAACGUAUGCCUAGAUCCUAUUAUUUAUUUCUUUCUAUGCCAGCCAUUUAGAGAAAUCUUAUGUAAGAAACUGCACAUCCCAUUAAAAACUCAGCAUGACUCAGAAACUUCCAAAACCAAAAGAGGAAAUACAACGCAUGAAAGCACAGACACUCUGUGAAUUCCCACCUCCUUUCAAACAAAAUCCAUGUACACAUAUUGCAAUCUUCAGUUACAUAAGACUAAAUAAGAAACAUGUCC